GCACGCGCAGGCGACCGCGAGUCACCGCGCAGUCCGCCACGCCCCGGUACCGCGCGCACACCUCACGCACCACUCACGCGCAUCGGAACGACUCAAUGCUGACGAACUUUUAAUUAAAUUUUGAUAUCGAUUUAGCUGCGUUUAGCAGCCUUAUCAGUGAUUUGAGAUGGCUAAGUGCCUCGUAUUUUUGCUCGGUCUUCUCGGACUUUGCUGGCAGGUUGGCUGCGGGCAGCACAAAUACGACAACUACACUCUUCUACGCAUUAUACCAAAUCAUGACCAACAUCUACAAAAAUUGUCGGAGCUCCCCUUAGACGAAGAAAUCUCCCAUGGAGAAGUGGAAAUUCUUAAGAGAAGUUACGGAGUGAAUGACAGUACAGAUGUUUUGGUGUCUCCCACCACUAAGAAGCUGUUUGAACAGUUUGCAGUUAAAAAUGGGAUGCCAAUUUUGACGAAACAUUAUUAUGGCAGGUCAUUUGAAGCAUUGGAACGAAUGUCAAGGAGACGAUUGCGAGAAGGGUUUAGUGUAUAUGGAUAUAAUGGUUUCGAUGCUAUAAACAAUUACCUAGACGAUCUCUCGUUUCGGAAGUCGGAGUUAUUUAGACUCCAGCCCUUGGGCUACAGUUACCAGCGACGUCCCAUGCGUCUUGUCAAGAUCUCUAAAGACCCCAGCGCUGGAAACCCUAUCAUUUUUAUUGAUGCAGGUAUCCACGCUCGCGAAUGGGUGGCGCCCGCUAUGGCCAUGUACAUCAUCCACCGACUGGCGACCGACAGUCGAGCCCGGGAGCUGGACGGCUUGGACUGGUACAUCCUGCCCGUGGUCAACCCGGACGGGUACGAGUAUACGCGCAGCUCCCGAUCUCAACGUUUAUGGAGAAAGACGAGGUCGAAGACUGCUCGGGACUGCUACGGAGUUGAUGGCAACAGAAAUUAUGGCUUCAAGUGGGGCGUCAGUGGGGUGUCCAACAACCCUUGCGACAAAGAGACCUACGCCGGCCCCAAACCCUUCUCUGAGCCAGAAACACAGAUGGUCCGCAAUGUCAUGAUGGAAAAUCGCGAUCGGAUUAAGUUAUACGUGUCACUGCAUGCUUAUGGACAGUACUUGGUGUAUCCUUGGGGAUAUACUGGCGGCAGUUUGCCAAAGUCGUGGAGGAAGCUAGAUUCCCUGGCGCGGAAGGUGUCUCAUGCUGUGCAAAAAGCUGGUGGGAAACCGUUCAAAGUUCUGAGCGCAGGGCAGUGGUAUCCCGCAGCAGGAGGCAGCGAUGAUUUCGCGUUUGGCGCCGCAGGAAUUCCCUAUUCUUACACAAUGGAGCUAACCGAUGGGUAUGAAUUCAUCUAUCCUGAGAAUAAUCUGGCCACAAUUUUGCCGCAGCUGUACGAAGGUUUUAGAACAUUCGCUGAGGAAAUAAAACAGGAAUUUGGUAAUAGUUAAAAUUAUAUUUUGUAACUUACGGAUGUUCUCUAAUUUUGUAUCAUGCACACCAAAACCGAUGUGCAAACUUUAUGAAAUUAGGUACACAUGAAUUAAACGCGUCAUUGCGAUGUUCCUUGCUUUCAUCAUCCUAAUAAUUUCCUUCUACUCUUAACUCGCACCUCGGUUUUUAGGUGUUUACACUACUGUUAAUAUUAUGGGCAUAACUUGGUCCGGAUAAUCGUAUCAGGUGUGACGCGUUUAAAAGCUAUUGAGCAGUCCGAAAAUAAAGUCUAAUGUUCUUGUUAAGUUAGGAGUGACAAUACGCAAGCUCUAAUGAAAAAAAUUGAUUUUCAAGUCAAUUUUGCAAUCAUUUUGACUUUGAUUAUUUCUGUAUGUAAUUCGUAACACAAGCUUUUAUUAUCGACCGUACAUCUAUUAUAGUUAUCAAACUUUAUGGGUGGGCCUAGUUUUAGGGUAUGCUUCAGUCAUCAUUGGGUUUCAUCACCAGACCAGCCGCAUUAAAUGAUAAAGUUAACUUCGUGCAGUGUGAUCUUGCUUGCAAUUAACUGUGACAGAACCAUGGCUAAUGCUCAUGACGGGUUAGGUGUGUAUCGCCUGGGUUUCAAAAAUGGAAAGCGGCAAUUACGUAUAGUAGGUUACCAUCAUCUACAAAUUUAUGUGAUUUAAACAUCUGUACUUAACAUGUGAAGUAAAAUAAAAGCUUGUAAAAAGAAAUCUCGAAUAAUAAACAAUACCUAAAUA